AUGUUGAACAUUCUCACGGGAAUUGCGCAAGUUGACUUGUCAUUCGACGUACUGGAUGGUAUUAUGUCGCCAAAAUCAAUCGAGGCCGAUCUUGCGACGCAAGUGGUUCAAAAAGAACCAAAGCGCAAAUGGGUCAGCUAUAUCUGGGAUACUUUUGAUAAAUCUCCCGAGGAGCGCAAACUGUUGUUUAAAUUGGAUUCAGCUAUCUUGACAUUUGCAUCGCUGGGAUAUUUUAUCAAAUACCUGGAUCAAAUCAAUAUCAACAAUGCCUUUGUCUCUGGGAUGAAGGAAGAUUUGGGCAUGUACGGCAACCAACUCAACUAUAUGCAAACAUGCUGGACCGUCGGAUACGUUAUUGGAGAAAUUCCUAGCAAUAUCCUAUUGACACGUAUAAAGCCACGAUACUGGAUUCCAACCAUGGAGCUUCUCUGGACCGUUCUUACAAUGUCGCUGUCCCGAUGCAAUACCCCGACUCAAUUCUAUGUUUUGAGAUUCUUUGUCGGACUCGCUGAAAGUACUUUCUACCCUGGAAUGCAAUACAUCAUCGGAUCAUGGUACCGAAAGGACGAGCUCGCGAAACGAUCAUGUAUAUUCCAUACAAGCAGUGGAAUUGCCAGUAUGUUCUCCGGUUACCUUAUGGAUGCGGUAUUUAAACUCGGAGGACGUGGGGGCUUCAAGGGUUGGCAGUGGCUUUUCAUUAUUGAUGGUGUCAUUUCACUGCCAGUGGCUAUAAGUGGAUUCUUUGUUCUUCCUGAUGUACCUGAGAUCUCCAAUCCUUGGUAUUUGAGCGAGCAGGAGGUACAACUGGCUCAAAAACGGAUGGCUUUGGAAGGAAGAAGAAACAGAGAGCCAUACACAAAGUCGAAGCUGAAGAAAAUCUUUACUUCCUGGCACAUCUAUCUUCUGACCAUACUUUACAUAUGCUUCAACAAUGGUGCCGCCGGAAGCCAGCCCGUCUUCCAACAGUUCCUCAAAGAUUCAAAAGAUCCUGUCUAUUCCAUCAGCCAAAUCAACACUAUGCCAACGACAACCCCUGCAGUCCAGGUUGCAACAACUCUCGCUUAUGCGUGGAUAUCAGAUACUGUUCUUAAAGGACGUCGCUGGCCUCCAAUUGUGUUUGGCGCCUGCGUAAAUAUAAUAAGUUAUGUUUCCCUCGCAAUAUGGGAUAUUCCAAUGGGAUGGAAAUGGACAUGCUUUAUUAUGAGUGGAGCCGGAUACGGGCUAAGUGGUCUACUUAUGGCCUGGGCUCAUGAGAUUUGCUCUGACGACAACGAAGAGCGAUCGCUGGUCAUUGGAAGCAUGAAUGAGAUGGCUUAUGUCUUCCAGGCUUGGCUGCCUCUUAUUGUAUGGCAGCAGGUCGAUGCGCCUAAGUAUCAAAAAGGGUACAUCACCGUGACUAUUCUGUCCAUUCUCUUAAUUGUCUUCACAUUUAUCAUUCGGUUCCUGCAUCAGAAGGAGAAAUUAAGCAAAAGCAGGAGCCUCACCCACGAGGCAGAAGAGACUGAAGAUGGCUCCUUAAAUACUGCUGAGGUAACCCCUGUUGAGGCAAAGUCUUUAAAGGCUUGA